CUGGACUCACGCACAGUCAUGGGGGAUCUGGGAUGGAUAGCCUACCCGAAAAAUGGGUGGGAAGAAAUUGGUGAGGUGGAUGAAAAUUAUGCUCCAAUACACACAUAUCAAGUGUGCAAAGUAAUGGAACAGAAUCAGAACAACUGGCUGCUGACUAGCUGGAUCUCCAAUGAAGGAGCCUCCCGGAUCUUCAUUGAACUCAAGUUCACUCUGAGGGACUGUAACAGUCUUCCAGGAGGACUCGGGACUUGCAAAGAGACUUUCAAUGUGUAUUACUUUGAAUCGGACGACGCAGAUGGAAGGAACGUCAAAGAAAACCAGUACAUCAAGAUCGACACCAUUGCCGCGGAUGAGAGCUUCACAGAGCUCGACCUUGGAGACCGAGUCAUGAAACUGAACACCGAGGUCAGAGAUGUUGGGCCUCUGACCAAAAAGGGAUUUUACUUGGCUUUCCAGGAUGUAGGUGCCUGCAUCGCCCUGGUGUCCGUGCGAGUGUAUUACAAAAAGUGCCCUGCCGUUAUACGUAACCUGGCCCUCUUUCCCGACACCAUCACUGGGGCAGAUUCCUCCCAGCUGCUGGAAGUGUCGGGCUCCUGUGUGAACCACUCUGUGACCGAUGAGCCUCCAAAGAUGCACUGCAGUGCAGAAGGGGAAUGGCUGGUGCCCAUUGGAAAAUGCAUGUGUAAGGCAGGGUACGAGGAGAAGAACAGGACCUGUCAAGUCUGCAGACCUGGAUUCUUCAAGGCCUCUCCCCAGAGCCCAUCCUGCAGUAAGUGCCCCCCUCACAGCUACACGCACGAGGAAGCGUCCACCUCCUGUCUGUGUGAAGAACACUAUUUCAGAAGGGAGUCGGACCCACCUACAAUGGCCUGUACAAGACCCCCCUCAGCUCCUCGGAAUGCCAUCUCAAAUGUUAACGAGACUAGUGUCUUCCUGGAAUGGAUUCCCCCGGCUGACACCGGUGGAAGGAAAGAUGUGUCUUAUUAUAUUGCAUGCAAGAAGUGCAGCUCCCACUCGGGGCUGUGUGAGGCGUGUGGCAGUCAUGUCAGGUACCUCCCCCAGCAAAUCGGCCUGAAAAACACCUCUGUCAUGAUGGUGGACCUGCUUGCUCAUACAAACUAUACCUUUGAAAUUGAGGCAGUGAACGGAGUGUCCGACCAGAGCCCUGCAGCGCGGCAGUAUGUGUCUGUAAAUGUAACCACAAAUCAGGCAGCACCUUCUCCAAUCAGUAUUGUGAAAAAAGGAAAGAUAGCUAAAAAUAGCAUCUCCCUUUCCUGGCAGGAGCCGGAUCGACCCAACGGCAUCAUCCUGGAGUAUGAAAUCAAAUAUUUUGAAAAGGAUCAAGAGACCAGCUACACCAUCAUCAAAUCGAAAGAGACGAAGAUCACGGUGGAUGGCUUGAAACCAGCGUCAACAUAUAUCUUCCAAAUCCGAGCGCGCACGGCAGCAGGGUAUGGUGGCUUCAGUCGAAGAUUUGAGUUUGAAACCAGCCCAGUGUCAGUAGCUGCAUCCAGUGAUCAGAGCCAGAUUCCUAUAAUUGCUGUGUCAGUAACAGUGGGAGUUAUCCUGUUGGCGGUUGUUAUUGGUUUCCUUCUCAGUGGAAGUUGCUGCGAUCAUGGCUGUGGGUGGGCUUCUUCCCUGCGUGCUGUUGCGUAUCCAAGCCUAAUAUGGCGAUGUGGAUACAGCAAAGCUAAACAAGAUCCAGAAGAAGAAAAGAUGCACUUUCAUAACGGCCACAUUAAAUUGCCCGGAGUAAGGACUUAUAUUGACCCACAUACCUAUGAAGACCCCAAUCAAGCCGUCCAUGAAUUUGCCAAGGAAAUUGAAGCUUCAUGCAUAACAAUUGAAAGAGUUAUCGGAGCCGGUGAAUUUGGGGAAGUUUGUAGUGGGCGUCUGAAACUGCCUGGAAAACGCGAGUUUCCAGUGGCCAUAAAAACCCUCAAAGUGGGCUACACUGAAAAGCAAAGACGAGAUUUCCUGGGGGAAGCAAGCAUCAUGGGACAGUUUGACCAUCCCAAUAUCAUUCACUUGGAAGGUGUUGUCACAAAAAGUAAGCCAGUAAUGAUAGUGACAGAGUACAUGGAAAAUGGCUCUCUCGACACAUUUUUAAAGAAGAACGAUGGGCAGUUCACUGUCAUUCAGCUGGUUGGGAUGCUGAGAGGCAUUGCGUCAGGCAUGAAGUACCUGUCAGACAUGGGUUAUGUACAUAGAGACCUUGCUGCCAGAAACAUCCUCAUCAACAGCAAUUUAGUGUGCAAAGUGUCUGACUUCGGACUGUCCAGAGUCCUAGAAGAUGACCCUGAAGCAGCGUACACAACAAGGGGAGGGAAGAUCCCAAUCAGAUGGACAGCCCCAGAAGCCAUCGCCUUCCGCAAAUUCACCUCGGCCAGCGACGUCUGGAGCUAUGGGAUAGUGAUGUGGGAAGUAGUGUCUUAUGGAGAGAGGCCCUACUGGGAGAUGACCAAUCAAGAUGUGAUAAAAGCUGUGGAGGAGGGUUACCGUUUGCCAAGUCCCAUGGACUGCCCGGCUGCUCUUUACCAGCUAAUGCUCGACUGCUGGCAGAAAGAUCGGAACAGCAGGCCCAAGUUUGACGAAAUUGUCAGCAUGUUGGACAAGCUCAUCCGUAACCCGAGCAGCUUGAAGACACUGGUUAAUGCAUCGAGCAGAGUGUCAAAUUUAUUAGUAGAACAUAGCCCCUUGGGAAGUGGCGCCUACAGAUCCGUAGGUGAAUGGCUGGAAGCCAUCAAAAUGGGACGGUACACAGAGAUCUUCAUGGAAAAUGGAUACAGUUCAAUGGAUGCCGUGGCUCAGGUGACCUUGGAUUCUAAUUCUUGCAAAGGGAUGAAUCACCUUGUGAAAGGUGGAGCCUCACCCACCAGCCCCUGUUUCCAUAUGGAUAUCAGACUUGAAGGAAGCUGUGCGGAUUGGAGAAGGCCUGCUCUUUAA